UCUAGCUGGUGCGCCGUCUUCCCUCUAAUGAUGCCGUCACGUACCAAUCUCACCGCUGGGAUUCCCAGUAGCAAAGUCAAAUAUUCCAAGCUCUCCAGCACUGAUGAUGGAUAUAUCGACCUGCAGUUCAAGAAGAGCCCACCAAAAAUCCCCUACAAGGCAAUCGCGCUGGCUAUCGUGCUCUUCAUGAUCGGGACCUUCCUCAUUAUCAUCGGAGCGCUCCUCUUGGCAGGAUACAUUAGCAAAGGCGGAACGGACCGCGCUAUCCCCGUGCUCAUCAUCGGGAUCCUGGUGUUCCUCCCAGGCUUCUACCACCUGCGCAUUGCGUACUACGCUUCCAAAGGCUACCGGGGCUAUUCCUACGACGAUAUCCCAGAUUUCGAUGAUUGAACAAUGUAUUUAAUUGCAUUAUAAUUAGGUUGGCGGUCAGAGCUGUGAGUUACCCCAGUAUCGGAGGGGACCUGUAGCAUUGUAGAUGAGGUAUUACCAGUCACAAGACGCCAGUUC